UUGUAUUAUCCAUUAAACUCGAACACUUUAAAAAACACACAAGUCUCUUUUUCUUCGAUCUCAAUCAUUUCUUUCUUCUCCCUCCAAAAUCGUGUGGAUCUCUUAAUAAUUUUCUCUCUUUCAAUCGUUUACAUAUCCAUCCUCAGAUCACUGCCACACUAUGUAUCAAUUUAUUAUUCUUAAUCUCAGAAAGAUCUAGGGUUCCGUGCUGAAUCUGCAGCUCCAAAUCUGAAUAUCGCUACCGCAUUUGUUUUGUUCCGUUUUGAUUACGCGGUUUCGAUUCGAAUGCGUUGAAAUUCACUCGUUUCGGUGUUGGAAAAAGGAAACAAAUCGAAUUCAGGAUUCGUUUUGAGUUUUGUGCUUUUUUUGGGAUUUGGUUUUUGAAUGAGAGAUACGAUAACGGAAUUGGUUUAGAUGAGUAUGGAGGUGGUUACUGAUGUGGCGUCAUUGGACGUCGAAUUGUUGCAGCUUCCUGAGUUUUCCACUUUGGCUCUCAAAAGUAAUCUCAAUUUUGUGGAGAAGCUGUUCGAACAGUGGUUGUCGCUUCCUGAAAGUAAUCGAUUGGUGACAUCAUUGCUCAAUGAUGCUAAGUCAGGUGCUCCUUUGAAUGUUCCCGGGAGUUGCUCUAGCCCAAAUGCUGCAAGUAAUUCUUUGCCUUCCAUGUUUCCUGCUGGCACUGCUCCGCCUCUUUCACCAAGAAGUUCAUCAGGUUCCCCUCGCGUUGUGAAACAGAGAGCCGGCCCUUCUAAUUUGGGUUCUCCUUUGAAAGUUGUCAGUGAGCCAAUUAAAGAAGUGAUACCUCAGUUUUUCUUUCAACAUGGACGGCCACCUCCUAAUGAUCUAAAAGAACAAUGCGUCUUUAGAACCGAUCAAUUAUUCCAUGAUCACUUGGAUGGACUGCAGGUGCAUGAGUUCAAAUCAAUUACCAAAGAAGUAUGCAAGCUGCCAUCAUUUUUUUCUACUGUUCUUUUCAAAAAAAUUGACAACGGAGCCGGUGUUGUGACAAGGUGAGUGCUUUAUUUUUUUGGGCACAACUCUUAACACUUUUGUAUCAUGGAUGGUGAUUCUUGUUUGGCUGUUAGACUCUUCUCUGUUUCCAGAUGCUGGAGUAGCGUCACAAUUUUUUUGAAUCAUUCAGGAAAACUAUUUCUCAACUGAGCUCCGAGUCUUGAUUAUUGCAGUAUUUAUUUUUCUAAAAGGAUGAUUUUGGACUUUCUUUCACCACUGAUUCAAAUGGAAACU